CAGCUCUUGCACAGUCAAGAAGUAAUCUAGCAAGAAAUAUCAGCCCUGGGAGCCAAGGGAGGGAGAAUCACUGUCUCCAACUCCUACCCAGGAAUGCACCAUUAAAAUCUCAACUAUAGGAACCCUUAAUCCCACGAGAGGGUUAAGUCCAGGCCAGAGGCACGAAUAAGGUGUCUAUUCUGAAGGGAAGAAUUCUGUAAGGAUGGACCCACACCAGCAGGUUGCCGGCUUACAGAAUGGGAGUACAUUACAGGUUUCUGAGCGCGAGAAAACCUCUCAGUAUGUGAACCCGGUUCAAAGGCAGGAGGACAGGCCCACGGAAGAGAGACGGUAUACCUGUAGUGAAUGCGGGAAGAAGUUUGCCCAGAGCUCGGGCCUCGUGCGACAUCGGAGAAUCCACACUGGCGAGAAGCCCUACGAGUGUGGUCACUGCGGAAAAGCCUUCAGCGUGCGCUCCACCCUCACCGUGCAUGAGAGAAUCCACACUGGCGAGAAGCCCUAUACCUGUAAUGAGUGUAGGAAAGGCUUCAGUGUGAGGGCACACCUGAUCAUACAUCAGAGAAUCCACAAUGGGGAGAAACCGUAUGAAUGUAAUGAGUGUGGCAAAGCAUUUAGUGUGAGCUCAGACCUUGUCAAACAUCAGAGAAUCCACUCUGGUGAAAAGCCCUACGAGUGUGACGAGUGUGGGAAAGCCUUCAGCGUGAGCUCCGCCCUCAUCAAACAUCAGAGAAUCCACACAGGAGAGAAGCCGUACGAGUGCAAGGAGUGUGGGAAGGCCUUCUACGUGAACUCCGCCCUAAUUAACCACCAGAGGAUUCACUCUGGAGAAAAGCCGUACGCGUGUGGAGAAUGCAGGAAAGCCUUCAGCCAGAUCUCAACCCUAAUUCAUCACCAGAGAAUCCAUACUGGAGAGAAACCGUACGAGUGUGACGCGUGUGGGAAAGCUUUCCGUGGGAGUUCUAAUCUUACUAAGCACCAGAAAGUACACGCCAAAGGAAAGUGUCAUCACUGAUUUAUGUGGCGAAGAUAUUCCAAAGGCCUUUUUUUUUUGUAUCAGGAGUUAACACUAAGAGAAGGGCAUGGAAGAAGUUGAUGUUUUAAUUGAUACUUGGUCCUUUAGAAUAUUGAGGAAGUGAGAAGUCCGUGAAAAGUGCUCCAGAAUGACUAGUUAAAGCUCUGAAAUCACGUCGACUUCUGAGAAUGCGCUUUCACAACUCACAAGUGAUUUCUGACUCCUGGGUGGCAGGCCAGGAAAUUCUUGUGAACCCUGAAACUAAACCCCACGAGGUUCAAGAUGAACACCAAAGUGAUAGAAAUUGCAGAUUGAUUUGGCCUGCAGUAGGACUCUGUGUUGUAAAGAGAUACAUGGUUUCCAUGAUUUCUCAUGAGCAUCUGAGGCAAGACAGCCCACAGACACACUGGACUCCAUGAAGCUUUGAGCCGACUUGUGCGGUCAGGCACUGAGGUCAGGGUUGCAUGUGGAAACACACAGCGUGAAGUCUGGUAUUGAAGGCGUGCUUACCACUCUGCCCAGGAUGGAGGUUUGCAGACGGACUCUUCUGGGUGGAGAAUACUCUUCUGAGAUCAGCACUGAAGUGGUGCCAUACCCCGCCCCAAACCAGCGCAACUGAAUCCUAAGCAGUAAGUGAGGGUGACUCCUGGCCUUCGACAAGGAGUCUGUCUCCCUGCAGAGUUUUGCGGAAGCCUAGCACGGAGGACUAAAUGGGAACAUUCCCCAGGGCCUCCACAAGUCCAGGGGCUUCUGAAUAGUUCAGCCAAGUGAGGGAGGAGCCCCUUUGAGGACUCACAGCUUGCACUGCUUCAAGCCAAGGACAGUAUCACUCUGAUAAAGGGAUGAGUCUCACGGAUAAGUAUCUGAUAAGUAUCACUCUGGUAAAGACACUUGGAGAACCUGCCCUGAAGUUCACUUCUGUCAGUGCCCUGGGAGUGGGAAAUUCUCCCUUCACCUUGCGCACAAUUUCAGCUUCAGCUGCGAUAAAAGCAGCAGCUGCUCAGUCUAACGUGAGUGCUCCAGAAAUGCCUCUCCCUGAGAAAACAAGCCCUGGAGCACCAGCAGUCCUGACUGAGCCCCAGCAGACUUGAGGAAACCCUGUGAGGAUUCUCAGCCCGGAAGGACCGUCAGUGUAAACCCAGGUCCCGUGGCACUGCACAGCAGAGAAGCCACCUAAAGAAGAGUCCCACGAGAGUAUAGAAUGUGGCAAAGCCUGUGGAUACCGGGAGGGUCUUGUCAGGCGUCAGAGGACCCGUGAGGAUAUCUUCAGUGCUGUAAAUGUUCGUGUGAGCUCAGCUCUCAUCAAACAGAAGCAAAUUCAUCUUGGACGCGAGUGCGUAGGUGGAAGGUCUUCAUUUGGAAGCAGUGCUUCUUGCCAGAAAACCCAUAAAUGGAAAAAUGUGGGAAGGCCUUCACUAAGAUCAGCCUUCUCCAUCAGUAAAUACACCCUGGAGCAAAGCCCUAUAUGUGUGACUGCUCUGGGGACCUUUCAGCGUUAGCUCAGUUCUUACAGUGGAUCAGAGAUUCCUCUUUGAGUGUAAGUGAUACGGGAAAGCCUUCAGUCAAAGUUCAAAUCUUACCAAACAUCAGUCUGUACUGGAAAGAAGUCUUCUGCCUGGGGCGGGUAUGAACUUUCUUCAGACAUCAAAGGAUACACAACAAAAAUAAACUUCAAUUGUCAAAUGUAUGGUAAAGGUAUAGUACAGGACUUUUUCAACAUCAAGCAUCACAGUUAAGUAGGAAGAACAUGCAACUCUGGAUCUCAGGGUCAUGAGUUUGAGCCCCAUAUUGGGCCUAGAGAUUAUUAAAUAAAUAAAAACUUUAAAAAUCCAACUGCAUACAAUCAUUUGACCAUUUUAUGGAAUUAAGACAAGUGUUUAUUAGAGACUUUGUCAGGUCACUUCAUGGGGAAAGGUGAAUUAAAACAUCUGUGACAGAUCUCUAUGGGUAUUUAACUUUCUUUGGCACAGUUAGCUUUCAUUUUCUGUAGUAAAGGUAGAGAAUGGGGGGAAAGUCUUUAUUCACAACCUUUGAUGAUUGAAACAUUAUUACAUUUAUUUUUGGCUUGGAAUUCAUGAUGCUAAUUAAAAUAGUUUUUCUAAGAA